AAUGUAGGUCGCAGUGACCGCAAACCAAGCCCUUCCCAUCAUGCUUUAUUUCCUCUUGAAAGAGUGUUGACAAGCAUCAUGGCUACCAAUUUCAAAAUCGGAGAUUUAGUUUGGGCUAAGAUGAAAGGGUUCCAGGCUUGGCCAGGAAAGAUUGUGGAGCCCAAAGAUAGUGUUAAAAAGCCUUCAAAUAAGAAGAAUGUUCAUUUUGUUUACUUCUAUGGAUCAGAAAACUAUGCUUGGAUCCAAGAAGAAAAUAUCUAUCGUUACCCUGAGUACAAGAGCAAGUAUGAGGGAAGUUCACGUAUCCCUAAAGGUUUCAAGGAAGCUCUGGAAGCCAUUGAUAAUGAGUAUCAGGCUAUGCUGGCAGCAGGAUCUCUGGAAGAUCUUCCAUCAAUUGAUGAAGAGGUUGCAUUGAUGCAGCACAAAUCUGUGGGCUCUGAUGUAGAUGUUACUCCCUCUGCGUCAGCCAGCUCAAGCAGUGUUAAAAAGACAACUAAAAAACAAAAGGAACCAAAGGAAGGAAAGUCUGAAAGUAGAAAGAGUAAACUGAAAUCUCCAGUGAGAAAAGGUGGUGGAACUGGUAUCAAACGUCCUAGUGGUACUCCUGACUCAGGAACACCUUCCACCAAAAGAUUUUUUAUGACUAAAAAUAAAGGUGACUCAGAAGAGACCCAAAAAACUGGGGACGACUCGAUGAGGGAGUCUUAUCAUUUUACACAUGCUAUAGGUGUGGGAGAUUCUACAGUAACAAAACUAGAAGAAUUUGAUGAAGCUGAAUCUGAAGAAAAGGUAUCUGCUAAAACUGUCAUCCCUACCCCACUUAGAAUUGGUUUUCUGGGACUGGGUAUCAUGGGACAAGGAAUGGUUAUGAAUUUACUGAGAUCAGGUCAUGAAGUGACUGUCUGGAACAGAACUGCUACAAAGUGCCGUGAGUUUGUCAAGGCUGGAGCACUCAAGGGAAACAACCCAGCAGAUGUAGUGCAGUCCUGUGACAUUACCUUCACCUGUGUAGCCGACUCCACAGCAGUUAGAGAUAUCAUGUUUGGAAAUAUGGGUGUCCUGGAUGGUAUUUCCAAAGGCAAAUGUUAUGUAGAGAUGUCAACAGUGGAUGAAGAGACUGUUCAAGAUGUUGCUGAUGCUAUCAUGGCCAGAGGAGGUGCAUUUUUGGAAGCUCCAGUGUGUGGCAGUCGUGUUCCAGCUCUAGAAGGUCAACUACUGAUCUUGUCUUCAGGAGACCGAAAAUUGUUUGAUGAUUGCUACUCAUGUUUUGAAGCCAUGGGCAAAAAAUCAUUUUAUCUUGGAAAUGAAGUGGGAACAGCCACUCGUAUGAAGCUAAUCCACAACAUGAUCCUGGGCAAUAUUGUGGCCAGUCUCGCUGAGGGUAUGGCUUUGGCAGAGAAAGUAGGCAUAGAUCUGGAGGAUUUUGCUGAAGUUCUUUCUCUUGGUUCUUUGGCUUGCCGCACAGUCAAUCACAAAAGUCAAGCUAUCUUAAAUGGAAGAUUUGAUCCCCACUUUCCCUUACAACACCAGCAGAAGGAUCUCCGCCUAGUCCUAGGCUUGGGUGAUAGUGUAGAACAGCCUUUGUUCCUAGCUGCUGCUGCAAAUGAGCUGUUUAAGAAAGCCAGGCGGAUGGGUUAUGGUGAUGCUGAUGUUGCAGCUGUAUUCAAAGCUGCUAAUGAAUUCUCUGCAGGAGAUAAGAAUGAAAACAGUACAGAAAACUCGUCCAAAUGAAAACAGUCACUGCCUCAUCUGCUACCAUUACUUUGUUAAUUACAUUCACUUUUGACUAUGUCCAUCAUUGCUAAUGUUCCAUGAGCUCGUAUAUUUUUUUUUUUACAUGUAAUUAAUUAAAGAGAGAAAAAAAAAACUUACCACAUUGUUAGGUUUGUAUAGUUUAUAUAUAAGUACACAAUUAAUAUAUAUUCAUGCAAAUUUUGUUUUGGUACAUAAAUAUUAGACCAACAAACAUUGAAUUAUAAUUGAGCUAAAUAGUUCAUCUACAACUGUACUUAGUUACUUCUUGACUUGUUAAAGUAUCUAAAGAUAUUUGUUUUUUGUUUUAAUUUACAUUUCAAAUAAUAUCAUCCCCAUUUAGGUUUCUUUUUCUGGACAGUAGGAAAGAUAUUAUCUUUCUUGUCAGCCAUAUUUAAUUGAAUCUCUUGUUCUAGACCCAUCAAAUGUAAAAUCAUUUGGUACAAUACAACAAAAACCUCCCCUGCACAACACUACUUUAACACACUACCAUACAGUUGUAUAAUUGUGCAUACCAAAAUCAACUCUAGAUUCAUUAAAAUCGUUGAGAAUACAUGAGUCCUGCCUUGUUAGCCAAGAAGCAGUAGAAAACUCCCAUAAGCCUCCAGCAAAAGACAUUUUUUUUUACUAUCUUUUGUUUCUAUUUAUCUGAACCAAUGUCACAGUAUAUGUCAGUUAUCUAUGAUAUGGAAGUGAUUUUAUUAUUAUUAUUAUUAUUAUUAUUAGAAAACAAAAUAUUUUUAACUUUUCUAUUCAUGUAUCAUUUUAGUUCUGAUAUUUUUUGUUGUACUUCCCACUGUUUGUAAGUCAGGAUUGUGGAAAGUUAAUUGCUUUAAUGCAUUACAUAUUUACGGUCAAAUCUAUUAGAAUAGUGAGGACGCUUGAAUUACACCAUUCAUUCAUUGAUUCAUAUCUUAGUAACUUCAGAUAUAUCAAGUGGUCAUGUAAUACCUUUGAUUGUAACAAGAUUAUACCAGAUUCUGCCAUAACAAAUUAAUGCCACCCCACCCCCUUUUUUUUUCUUCUAUGUUAGGACUAGUUUAUGUUUAAUUACCCAAAUGCUUAUUUUUUUAUAUACACUUUAAACUUUGUAAUGAAGAAAGGAAAGUUUAAAUUUGAUUGGUUUGGUAAAAAAAAAAAAAAGCCACCAUUAUUUGUCAGAAAUGCAUGUUUUUAUUUGAUUCCAUUGCUUUAAUGUUGUGUAUAUUUUUGUAUUCAUGGCUAUUGAUUCAUUUCCAUCUUUUUUUUUUCUUCACAUAUAAACCUUUUAUGAGAGAGCCAGGUUUUGAGUGGGACCUUAAACACUUGAAGUUCAUGAUCUUUAGGCUUCAUUAAUAAAUAGGCCUACUAGAUUCAUUCAUGUGGAGGUGUUUGCUUUUGAGAAUGAUGGUUACAGUUAGACUUGGUUACUACCAUCUAAGUGUCAGUCGAAGACUUGCAUGGGCUUUUCUAGACACUGCCUAGCGAGGAGUUGUGUUGAAAAUUUUUAACGUUUUUGUACAUAUUUUUGAUAAUCUGUGUACCGUUGAUUUACUAGAACCCAUUUUUUUUUUUUUUAUUUGCAAUCAUUCACUAAUGACUCUUAGCGCUAUGGAGUUGUGUUAAGUCAGUGAUCCUUGACAUUCUCAUCCACAUUUUUUUUGUUGUUCUAUUACAAAAUAUUUAUUAUUAAUUUUUUUUUUAAUUCUUUAGGAGCAACUAUUAUUAUUUUUUUUGUGAACAUUUUUUAAAAAAAGAAAUACUGAAUUUAGUGUUGCCUUUUUUAUAUGUUGAAAUUAAUGUUAGCCAAAUUAGAUUCUGACUAAUGUGUUCAGUAAGAUGCAUUCUUUGAGAGAAACCUCUUGAGCAUUGACAUUUUAUUUUGGUUUUAUUUUACUGAAAGAUGAUAGAAGAUUGUGACUAGUGUCCUAAGUUGCUAAAGUUUAAUGUGUGUUCUCAGCUGUUGACACAUGAAUGGAAUUGAGCUUCUAUGUAAACUGUCCUUACAGAAUUGUGUGUACCUGACAACAAAAUAAUGUCUUCAUUUCAAUUAGUGUGAAUGAUUGAGGGUAGGGAGAGGAGAGUUACUAGAAUUAAAUCGACUUAAAAGUAUACAGAUUUAAAUGAUGAAUGCAUAACUUUUAAGGUUUAAAAGCUUUCCUACAGUAUAGAGCUAAGAAGUUUAUUUGAUUUUUCAUACUUUUAGUUUAUCUUGACAUGGACAUUUUUCCAUUGUAAAUUUGUAUGGAACAAAGUCAAAUUAUUUACUUACAUUGCAUAGAAUGUUUAGGUUUUUUAUUUUUGUAAUAGAAAUUGAAAUUUUGACCUAGAAAUGGUUACCAAACUUUUUUGGAAAACUUUUUUUUUUUUGGUUUUGUUUACAGGAUGAUUUUUAAUGGACUAAGGAUGAGUUGUUUUUUUCUCUGUAGGAAUAAUUCAAAUGUUGCAGAGAGAGAGAGAGAUAGUAUUAAGCCUUGUUGAUGAUGUAUUGAGGUUUUGUAUUUGUUGGUCAUGUAGACAUGGUACCACAGAAUCAUUGAUCAAACAUCUUUCUAGAACAUGGACACACUUUGGAGUGCCUGUUGUGUCUUCUAACUCCAUCAAUAAAAGUAUGUCAUUAAUCAU